UCAAGAAAACUCAUGCUGUUUUGUGUUAUCCCAGAUCUAACACACCUUAUUUAAAUCAACAGGUAUUUGUCAAGCCCGCUUAAUGUAUGUUAGCACACAGUUUUUAUUUACUUAAUUUUAAAAUCAACUGGAUUCCAGCACUUUUCAUUUUUCACUUCAGGCUCUACAAAUCCUUGACAUUAUGCAAAAUCUGACUGAAUUCCCAGGCAAUGCCACAUCCAGCAACAUCACAUCCACCAUCCUAAAGGUGUGUGUGGUGAUCCCACUGUUCUGUGCCUUUCUCUACUGCAUUCUGCUGAUGCUGCAUACAUUUGCCUCACACCGGCAAUUCUUUGACAGCUCACGCUACAUCCUGUUUGCCUACAUGCUGGUCAAUGACACACUGCAGUUACUCUCUUCUGUACUGCUCUUUCUAUUUGUCAUGGGCAAUGUGAAGUUUGCCAUCAUAUACUGUGCACCACUGCUCUUUGUCUCCGUUGCCACCUUUCAGAAUGGCCCACUAAUCCUAGCUGCCAUGUCACUGGAACGCUAUGUGGCUAUCUUCUACCCACUGCGCCGACCUAUCUCUUGGACACCUGAAAGAAUUUGGGUGAUUGUUUUGAGCUUGUUGAUCAUCAGCUGUAUCCCUCCCGCGGUGGAUUUCAUUCUGAUGCGCCCCAACGUGGACUGGGAUGUUUUCACCACCCCAUUGAUCUGCAAAACUAUGGUACUCAAUGGUUUGCCCAUACAGACUCUCUUCAAACUGGCUCUGAACGUACUCUUCUUUGCUGCGGUGGCCAUCAUCAUUCUUUUCACAUACAUUAGGAUCCUUCUGGAGACUCAAAAGAUGCGUCAGGAUCGGGCCUCAGUAACUAAAGCCCUGCACACCGUGGUUUUGCAUGGAUUCCAGCUGCUUCUGAGCAUGAUGGUCUUCACAUUCCCCAUUACUGAAAACCUGAUUGUGCUGAACAUCAAAUGGAUGUCGGAGCAUAUUCAAUUUGCCAACUACUUCUGUUUUGUGCUGCUUCCACGCUUUCUCAGCCCGCUUAUUUAUGGCCUCAGAGAUGAGAGCCUGAGGAGCUACAUGAAAAAAGCCAUGCCUUGCUGCAGGGCUCGUAUUGGGCCACAUAAAUUGGUCAAAAUUCCUAAAUGAUUGUUAAAUGUAGGGAACAGCAACCAAGAUGAACUAUAACUGUUUUUUUCAUGAGUAUACAUAAGGCUGGUUUAUAAUGUCAUUGAAAGAUAUUUAAAGCUGAUUUCAAGUCUUCCAUGACACAACAUAACCAGUAUGGCAUGUGUAAUAAUUUGAUAAGGACUGGAGUAUCAUUUAUUGUAACUGAAUUAAAUCCAACUGUGUAUGAUUAGAGAAAGAGGAUCAUUCAAAUGUUAAAUGUGUAGGUUUGUUACCAUAAUCCAAUGAA